GCCUGCCUGCCUGCCUGCUGCAGAGUGAGUGAAGAUGGCGAUGAGAGCAGCGCUGCGGUGCCUCUCUGUAAACUUUUCUCCUAGGCUGCCGCAACUUUCGUCCGCUGCGCAAGUUUCAGCGACUCGGCUGCUGUGCAGGAGCGGCGCCCCGCGGACUCUGAGCACAACCCCGGGCCAGUGCACAGCCCUCAAGUUCACUGAGAAGCAUGAGUGGGUGCUGGUGGAGAGUGGAAUAGGCACCGUGGGAAUCAGUAACUAUGCUCAGGAAGCUUUAGGUGAUGUGGUUUACUGUGGACUGCCUGAGGUUGGCCAAAAACUUGAACAGCUGGAUGAGUUUGGUGCCUUGGAAAGUGUAAAGGCUGCCAGUGAGCUGUACUCACCAUUGACAGGGGAAGUGACAGCAAUCAACACGGAGCUGGCCGAAAAUCCAGGACUCGUGAAUAAAUCCUGCUACGCAGAUGGAUGGCUGAUCAAGAUGACCAUUGAAAGGCCUGAAGAACUCGAUAAGCUCAUGGACCAACCUGCUUAUGAUAAAUUUAUUAAGUCGCUGGAAGAAUAAGACAACAAAUUUAUCGUGAUUAUUUGUUAUGUAGCUGCAGUCAAAUAUUAGCAGACUGGGUUACUAACAUUGGCAGUGACCUACAACAUCCUUUGUGGUAUUUAUUUAUGUUAUGAACACUUUAAAGUGUGCUGCAAAAUCUUAAAUACCCAGUAACAUUUUUCAUGUAGAAAGUGGGAAUUUCUUUUUCAACUCGCCAGUGAAUCUAAAGGGCUUUUACGCUUAUUGGAUCUUCUUCCUAGUACUUUGCUCUGAUUUUAAAUAGUGCAUAGAUGUAUUGAAACGCUGGGAAAUUCAGUUUUUAAUUCAUUUAUUAAAACACUGAGAAGUCUUUAA